GUUAGAAGAGCGUUUUUACAAGCGAAUAUUUAAAAAAAAGAUGGUGAAAAUAACUACAAAACAACAGUUUGAGAUUUUGGUGCAACAAAUGGAGCAAAAUCCUUCGAUUGCUCGUGGUGUACGCGCUUUUGGCGAGACAAAAGCAAAUACUGAACAUGUUUGGAAGGAAAUUUCAUCUAAAUUAAAUAGUUACGGACCGCCAACUCGUACAUCCGAAGAAUGGCAGAGGGUAUGAUACAUUUUAAAGCCAAGCUGAAAAAGAAAAUGGCACAUAAUAGGAGAAAUAUAUCCAUCACCGGCGGCGGACCAUCUGAAGAAAUAAGUUUGUCCGCGCUGGAGCAGGCCGCAGCGGACUUUCUGCAAAUGGGCACUUCGGUCGAUCCGCCAGGUCGCACAUUCGGAGCGAUUUUACCCCAACAGCCUCAGGACACUGAAAAUAUUGCCUACAUUGAGGAAAUUAAUACAAUUUUAGAGGUAGAGACUGAGCAACCACAGCAAGAAACGGUGACGCCUCUUGUAGCAGUACAACUACCCAGGAGAAAGAGGGCGCACGAUAUCAGAUUAGACCUCCUCCAGCAACAAACAGGAACCCAGGGUGAGGUUGUUAAUAAGUUGGACAAAAUUGAAAGAAAGCUGUCCAGAAGAAAUGAUCUCUUAAAAGAUAUACGGGAUUUGAAGAGGGAAAAAUUAAAAAUAUUUAAGGAAGCGCAUGAAUUGAAAAAAAAGAACAUCAGAUGCUUGUUGAAGAGCAGCAUUUGAACAAGAAAAUUAAACAAAAAAAAACUGGAGCUCUUAGAAAAACAGAUCUCCAAUUUAA